CGCACUUUAAACUACAUUAUUUUGGCAGGAUGUCUCUCGUGGCGCUGCUUCUCGUGUACGCAGCAAUUGUCGGUGAAUUCCUAUUUUGACGGGAUCAGACAGAAAAUACAUCGGAUACAUUUAAACUAAUGAACAUUUAACCCCGCGCAAUGUCCACACAAAUAGCGGAGAAUGGGCUUAUUUCUGUCUUUUCCGUUGAUGACAGCGCCUGACUGUUACGAGCUUCCCUCAUAUGAAGAGUCGUGUGAGGACGAAGAUGAAGCAGAUCUUCCUUCAGAAUUACAUAGAGUUAAUCAGAGGUUUUGUGAAAGCAUUGUCCAGGAGGGGAUGCGCUCGAGAAAUGAACAGGCCAACUUUGAUCGGUACAGGCAUAACUGGAGUGAGGUGGUUGCUGAGAUGACAAAGAAAUACCCCCAAUGGACACCUAGGGACUUUUUUAACCUUAGACAUCAGUUUAAAGUUUUUGACAGCAAUGAUCUCUAUCUUCUUCAUUUCAAUGAUUUCAAUAAGGCGCUUGACUACAAUAAGGAUAACUCUUCUCCUGAGCAGCGCAGAGCGAUGUUUGACAGCGUGGACACCCAUCACUACAACUCCAUCAACUUUGAGGAGUAUCUUCAGCUGCUGAACAAUUUCAACAUCUGCACACCAAUACUCAGAGCUCCUAAAACUGCGGCUAUGAAAGACCCUGUUUGUUUGGAUAUAAUUUCAGACGUAACAAAAGCAGAUCCUUUUUUAGGGAUGUCCCAUAGUUUAUUCUGAAC